CAUCAGACUGCGCCGUGUCGAUGAAGUGUCGGUGGAGGAGAUGAAGAGUUAACGAACAUCUGACGGAGCUGAGGACAGACUGAAGAAGAGGCUCCUGUUAAUAAUGAGUUGUGAUGAAGAGACCAAAGCUUGCCGGAGUCUUCCUCUUCAUCGGCUGCCUGCUCGUCUACCUCAUGUUCGUCAAGCGUCACUACAGCUUCUUGAAGCCUGACGCCGUCGGACUACCUCCCCACCACCUGUCCCCCUUGGACCGGAUCGGAGACGCCACGUCGCCUUCUGAUGCCGGACCCAGUUUCCGGUACGGAAUCAUGUUCGAUGCCGGGAGCACGGGGACGAGAAUCCACGUCUUCAAGUUUCAGAUGGAAAACGGAGAAGCUCUGUCGUUGGCCCAUGAGAUGUUCAGAGCCAUCAAACCCGGCCUGUCUGCGUACGCUGACGAUCCAGAGAAGUGCACGUCAGGGAUCACGGAGCUGUUAGACGUUGCCAAGUCCAGUGUCCCCCAAUCUCUCUGGAACAUCACCCCCGUGGUCCUGAAGGCAACAGCCGGACUCCGCCUACUUCCUGGAGAGAAGGCCAACCACCUGCUGGCCAAUGUGAGGGCGUUGUUUCUCCAGUCUCCCUUUCUGUCCAGAGACGACAGCGUGUCCAUCAUGGACGGAACUGACGAAGGGAUUUCUGCCUGGAUCACGGUCAACUUCCUCACUGGCGGUCUUCAUGGUGCUGGCUCGCCCACAGUGGGGAUGUUGGAUUUGGGCGGGGGGUCGACUCAGAUCACCUUCAGUCCUCAGGAUGAGAAAACCAUCCAGACCUCACCUAUAGACGACAUCAGAUCCUUCCAGAUGUUCAACACUACACACACCGUCUACACUCACAGUUAUCUGGGUCUGGGUCUGAUGUCGGCUCGUCUCGCCGUCUUAGGGGGCGUCGACAGUUCCCCCCUAGGGGGCAGCACUGAGCUGGUCAGCCCCUGCCUUGCUCCAGAGUACUCUGGCAGUUGGGAGCAUGCUGACGUCGUCUACACUGUGAAGGGACAGAAGGCAGGGGAACCGCUGUACGAGGCGUGUCGCACCAAAGUGGAGAAGGUUCUGUACAGGAAGGUGACGAAGCCGUCUGAAGUUGCUGACGUGGAUUUCUACGCCUUCUCCUUCUACUACGACCGAGCCGUCGACCUCGGAGUGAUCGAGGAGAAGAAGGGGGGAACCGUCAAAGUGUCCGACUACAUGGAUGCAGCAAUAAGAGUGUGCGGCGGAGAGUCCGUCCAUCCGAGUCCGUUCCUCUGCCUGGACCUGGUCUACGUGUCCGUCCUGCUGCAGGAGCUCGGCUUUCCUCCACACAAACACUUGAAGCUGGCGAGGACCAUCAAGCAGGUGGAGACCAGUUGGGCUCUCGGAGCGACGUUCCACUACAUCGAGACCCUGAAGGGACACUGAAGGCUUUUAUGUUGAAAGGAUUCUGAAUGUUGAGGAUGGCUAUGAUCCUCGCUCUGACCUCUGACCUCCGUGAAGCCUGACACCUGCAGGUGGUGAAGCGCUGCUCUCAGCUGACAGUGGGCGGAGUCAGUGGUACCUGCUCUCCACCUGCAGCUGUCGGGCCUCACUCCUGCACCUGGGUCAUGUGACCGCUCUGACCGUCCAAUCACACGCUGCGUCCUGUUCAGGUGGAUCCAGCCUCGUUUUCUGACCUCGUGGAAACACUGCGACACGUGAUCGCUCCGGUUUCACUUCAGGUUCAGACUCUGGGUUUUAACGCUUUGUUAUUUUCUCGUGACUCGUUUGUUCGGAGGAUUUUUAAUGUUUGAAUGUUUUUGUGUAACUUCAGACGAGAGAAACUGUGACUCUGAUGUUUCUGAAGCUGAACGUUUGUCUUUAAAAGCUCUGGUGGGUGAAUUCAACUUUUAUAUCCUCAAGUCUCGUCCUUCACAACUUCAACUUCUGACCUUUAAAUAAAGUUUAUUUAAUCAAC